ACAGUCCACAAGCGAAGGCACUAGAGUCUAGACUCUAGAGUAGUAAAAGUAAUAGUCCUAACCGUCUCUCUCGUCUCGCGCUUCUUAUGUCCAUAGCCACAUUUUGCGUUGAUUAGGGUAGAGGCCAUUGCAAUACGUGAAAAGCAGGAUCAUGGAUUUUAGAGAUGGAGCUCACAAAUUGUCUCGUUGUAUUGUUGCUAUUCGUAAUCUUGGGCUUCAACUACUGUGGUACUUUCUACAAAUAAUUUUCAGCACAUGGCAUUCCAUAUUAGCCAUGGGUAAUUUGUUUGAAAGCUAUUUCAUCUCUUAUGGAGUAUUGAAGAAAUACAAGUCUCUUCAUUUAGGAAAGCUUCGGUACCUUGCCAUUGUCAUAGAAAGUGAAGAUGCUCAUCAGACUUCAAAAGUUGUUAAACUCUUGCAGUGGCUGGACUCUAUUGGUAUAAAGAAUGUAUGCCUCUAUGACAUGAAUGGAGUGUUGAAGAAGUCCAAAGAAGCCAUAUUUCAAAAAUUGAAGAAUGCAAAAUCCAUAGAGGAAGUAAAUGAAGCUGUCACACACAAUGUUCCAGAUCAGAUGACUUUAGAAUUUCUUUCUUAUGUGGAUGGGAAGGAGGCAGUGGUCAAAGCAGCUAACUUGAUUUUUGUGGAGAAUUUAAAACGACAUAACUUGGGUGGAGAACUUGAUGGUCGAAUCUUGUUAGAGCCUCAACUGAAUGAGGCACUGCAAAUUGUUGGUAGCAAAGGCCCUGCACCUGACCUUUUACUGAUUUAUGGACCUGUGAGGAGCCAUCUUGGUUUUCCUGCAUGGAGAAUUCGGUAUACAGAGAUUGUACAUAUGGGAUCAUUGAACUUCAUGAGAUACGGUUCCUUAAUAAAAGCUAUUUACAGAUUCACGAAAGUGUACCAAAAUUAUGGUACAUAGGGAAGGAGUUUGAAAGUAAUUGACUGUGAAAAGCUCAAAGCAUAGGCGUGAAGAAUAGAAAAAUACGUAGCUAAAUAUCUUUGUGGAGGAAGUGCUUUUUCAAUAGUAAUGCGUAAAUGUGUCAUGAUGAGAAAUAGAAUUCAAGUCAUGAUUUAUUUUCACUAUUAAUUUUCAAAAAAAUCGGUUAUACUAUCUUCACCCUCAUCCCUUGUGAUGUCUUGUAAGUUGCGUGUAUUUUUAUUUGAUGGCACCACAACAGACUCGUAUAGCGGAUGUAGUUCAUCUGUGAGCGCGGGGGCUUGUGGGUGGUGGCCGGUGGGAAUGCUUUUUCGUUUUAAUUUUUU